AUGUCGGUGUUACUUGACAAUGACGUCCGUAUUGAAUAUCUCGGUACAAAUCCUACACCAGAUGUACCAAUUUAUUCCAUAAUAUUAUUAUCUUUAAUUGGUCAUACGAUUAUAUUUUACUGUCUUCCAUCAUCGAUCAAGCCCAUGACUAAAAGUGUCCUUACUAAAGUGGGUCAUCCAUGUCAUUUUUAUUUAUUGAUGGAAGAGCUUUCAACAAUACCUCUCAAUCUUCGAUCAAUCUAUCAUGAUCGCCCAUGUGCUUAUAAAGGAUUUUCAAUAUUAUUUGCAAUCACUUUUAUUUCAAGUCGUUUAAUUUACGGAACAAUUAUUUGUGUUUAUACAUUUCUAAGUGGACCGCGUUUUAUUGAAUUGGCUUUGAAAGCAGGCGAUAUGAAAAGUGUGAUAUUAGUUACAAUUCAAAUCACUCUCUGCCUCUCAGCACGAUGUCUUAAUUUCUAUUGGGGUGCUUUGAUUGCACGUAAAAUAUGUCGUCCAAAAAACUUAAAGAAACCAAAAGCUGCACUAAACGAUAUAAAUGACAAAAAGAAAACUUCAUAA